AUGUUCCUACACAAACGGUGGGGCUAUGUUGUCAUCAGGCUUGACGCCAGGGUGUGCUCUUGCGCAUGUGAGCGGAGCCACUGGCGGCGGGAUGACGUCGGACAGUCAGUAGAUCUGAACACAGCGAGCGGGAAUACAGAGGAUGAGUUUUGUACUAUUGUUGUAGGUGUUCGAGGAGUUCAGAUCACUCAACUGUUUGUGCCAGAGGAAGUACGGAAUGGAACGAAUGAAGCUGCCAUUUUGGACUGCGAGUACACACUUACCCCUGCAGACUUGACAGCCACAUCCGGACUGGUGGUCAAGUGGUUCUUCAAUAACGGGCCGGCCCCCGUGUACCAGUGGAUCCCCGGUCAGAGGCCCCAGGACCUCGGCAUCCUCAAGGGUCGCCUGAGGCUAGACUACCGCGCCUCCAGCCACGAGUCCACCAUGCACCGCGCCCUCUACAUCCUGCAACCUACCACAGAGCUGUCGGGCGAGUACAAGUGCUCCGUGUCCACCUUCACUGACGAAGACUUUAUGAUCGGCAAGAUGGUCGUCAUAGCUCCUGAGAAACACCUCUACCUCUUACAAUCCCGAACAGCGCUAGAGCGGGUCAAUAUCACAUGUAGAGCAGUUGGAGUCUUCCCCGAGCCCAAGAUGGCGCUGUUUAGAGAAGAUGUCAUCACUGGUGACAGUGUUCAACUACCAGCGAGAGUAGAGACGAUACCGCAGGAAUACCACUACGAUAUUGAAGCAACGACAACACUACAAGACGAUUACCUGGACACUCCUACAGUGUUCUACUGUGAUUUGUAUAUAGCAAACAAGUCUUGUAUAUGGCUAAUUAUGGUUAAUAUUGUUUAUAUGAUACAGUGUUCAACUACCAGCGAGAGUAGAGACGAUACCGCAGGAAUACCACUACGAUAUUGAAGCAACGACAACACUACAAGACGAUUACCUGGACACUCCUACAGUGUUCUACUGUGAUUUGUAUAUAGCAAACAAGUCUUGUAUAUGGCUAAUUAUGGUUAAUAUUGUUUAUAUGAUACAGUGUUCAACUACCAGCGAGAGUAGAGACGAUACCGCAGGAAUACCACUACGAUAUUGAAGCAACGACAACACUACAAGACGAUUACCUGGACACUCCUACAGUGUUCUACUGUGAUUUGUAUAUAGCAAACAAGUCUUGUAUAUGGCUAAUUAUGGUUAAUAUUGUUUAUAUGAUACAGUGUUCAACUACCAGCGAGAGUAGAGACGAUACCGCAGGAAUACCACUACGAUAUUGAAGCAACGACAACACUACAAGACGAUUACCUGGACACUCCUACAGUGUUCUACUGUGAUUUGUAUAUAGCAAACAAGUCUUGUAUAUGGCUAAUUAUGGUUAAUAUUGUUUAUAUGAUACAGUGUUCAACUACCAGCGAGAGUAGAGACGAUACCGCAGGAAUACCACUACGAUAUUGAAGCAACGACAACACUACAAGACGAUUACCUGGACACUCCUACAGUGUUCUACUGUGAUUUGUAUAUAGCAAACAAGUCUUGUAUAUGGCUAAUUAUGGUUAAUAUUGUUUAUAUGAUACAGUGUUCAACUACCAGCGAGAGUAGAGACGAUACCGCAGGAAUACCACUACGAUAUUGAAGCAACGACAACACUACAAGACGAUUACCUGGACACUCCUACAGUGUUCUACUGUGAUUUGUAUAUAGCAAACAAGUCUUGUAUAUGGCUAAUUAUGGUUAAUAUUGUUUAUAUGAUACAGUGUUCAACUACCAGCGAGAGUAGAGACGAUACCGCAGGAAUACCACUACGAUAUUGAAGCAACGACAACACUACAAGACGAUUACCUGGACACUCCUACAGUGUUCUACUGUGAUUUGUAUAUAGCAAACAAGUCUUGUAUAUGGCUAAUUAUGGUUAAUAUUGUUUAUAUGAUACAGUGUUCAACUACCAGCGAGAGUAGAGACGAUACCGCAGGAAUACCACUACGAUAUUGAAGCAACGACAACACUACAAGACGAUUACCUGGACACUCCUACAGUGUUCUACUGUGAUUUGUAUAUAGCAAACAAGUCUUGUAUAUGGCUAAUUAUGGUUAAUAUUGUUUAUAUGAUACAGUGUUCAACUACCAGCGAGAGUAGAGACGAUACCGCAGGAAUACCACUACGAUAUUGAAGCAACGACAACACUACAAGACGAUUACCUGGACACUCCUACAGUGUUCUACGGUGAUUUGUAUAUAGCAAACAAGUCUUGUAUAUGGCUAAUUAUGGUUAAUAUUGUUUAUAUGAUACAGUGUUCAACUACCAGCGAGAGUAGAGACGAUACCGCAGGAAUACCACUACGAUAUUGAAGCAACGACAACACUACAAGACGAGUACCUGGACA